AUGAAAAGUGAGCGUAUCCAUAACAGAUACUCACUAAUGAAAUACAAGAAUGAUCCCUCAAAUCCAAUAAUGAUAGAUAUCGAUGUAGAUGCAUCUGAUUCUAUCAGGAUUACCCCCAUACCAACCAUUGCUAAACCUGGAGUUCUGACUCAAAGGUCAAGAUCCAAACCUGUUUCAACUGUCAAACCAAUUCAGAAAGAAGUAUCAAUACAAGGUCUACAUUCCGGACAUAGUGAUUCUGUUGAAGUGCUUCAUGAAAUUCGUUCAAAGCAGAAAUGUGAUCCACAUUCCAACUCCCUUUCACCUGUGCAUGGGUAUACAAAAUCAGAUAUUAGAAAAAUGUUGUUUACGUCUAAAGAGAAACAGCAGCCAUCACGUGAUGAAUCAGAUUUUAAAGACCCACACCCAGUUAUCAGCCAAAAUAAAAGGAAAUCACCUCCACUUGUAACAGCCAAAGUUGUGCAACAUCAGGAGAAGAAGCUAGAGCAGAUGUGGCCAGCCCUCAAGCAAUUAAGACAAAAGUUAAAGUCAAGAAACUGGAGAACAGAAAAGCAAAGAAGGGAGUUCAUGUGGAAGGAAUAUUUAUCAUCCAUUGGAUUUGGUCAACUUUUAAAUAUAAAAGUAGAUGGGUCGGCAUCACGAAUUGGGUACUAUGUGGUCAACAACUUUGACCCUGAACGCAUGGUAUUGAAUGUCGAUCAGGGUGAGAUACCAAUCACUAGGCAAUUGAUAAAUGACAUGUUGGGUCUCCCUCUGGGAAAUAUCAAUAUCAAUUCACUAAAGUUCACACCCGCUGAAGACAAAACUGUUGAUUUUUGGUCUGCACAGUUCAAGUCGGAAAAUGAUAUUAGGCCCAAAGGCGUACAAAGGGUGAUUAAGAGAUUAAAAGAUGUUGGGUUAUUGUUUAAAGUCAAUUUUUUGGUUCUUAUUUGUAACACCCUUGGACAAUCCAAGAGCAUGGGCACAUGUGAUGUAUCAAUGCUUUCAAGAGUUUCAGCGGAUUUAGAUUUAAGCAACAUAGAUUUGUGCUCUUAUGUGUUAGAGUGUUUGAAAAAUACAAAACAUGCAUGGAAUUCUAUGAGCGAUACAUCUUACUAUGUUGGCCCUAUUGUCCUAUUGACGGUACCUAUCCUACAACCUAACUUACUAUACUGA